CCUUACAUUUAGCCUUUGACAUGUAUUCCCGAGUACGCGCUGCAGCUGUGCGGGCCCCAGGGCUGGCAGUGACCGCUCUGAGGAGAUGGCAGACGGGCACAGGGCAGCAGGAAGCGCCGCUUACCGACUACGUGCAGGAGGCUGGCAUAAGGAAAAUAACCAUGAAUAAUCCUCAGAAGAGAAAUGCGCUGUCGCUUGCUAUGCUUCAGUCUCUGCAGAAAGACAUCCUACAUGAGGUUGAUGACAAUGAUUUGAGGGUCAUUGUGAUUGCAGCAAAUGGACCUGUGUUUUCAUCUGGCCACAAUCUGAAAGAAUUCACAGCCGAUCUUGGCAAAGCAUAUCAUGCUGAUGUAUUCAAUGCCUGUGUGAAGCUUAUGACCACAAUCCAGACCAUUCCAGUUCCUGUUAUUGCCCAGGUGAAUGGUCUUGCCACGGCAGCUGGAUGCCAGCUUGUUGCCAGCUGUGAUAUUGCCGUUGCAUCUGAGAAGUCCAAAUUUGCAACACCUGGUGUCCACGUGGGACUGUUCUGCUCAACACCGGCUGUUGCUCUAGCAAGAGCAGUGCCAAGAAAGGUUGCCUUAGAAAUGCUGUUUACAGGUGAACCUAUAUCAGCACAUGAUGCCUUGCUGCAUGGACUAGUCAGCAAGGUGGUACCUGAGGAGAACUUGGAAGCCGAAACCAUGAAGAUCGCACUUAAAAUUUGCCAGGCAAGCCGCACAGUAAUUGCUCUUGGAAAAGCUACAUUUUACAAGCAGAUUUCCCAAGGCUUAGAGGAAGCAUAUAGACUUACAUCUCAAGUUAUGCUACAAAACCUGAUGUUGAAGGAUGGCCAAGAAGGGAUAGAGGCCUUCACACAAAAAAGGAAACCAGUGUGGACUAACUCUCAAGAAUGAUCACCUGCGGAGUUAUUACUAUGGGAAAAGAAUGGAAUCGUAGAUGCCAAAUUUGACUGAAAUAUAAAUAAUUGAUUUGAUAGGAGCAAUUUAGUGAACAUUAUAUACCACUUCACCCCACCCCACAAGUUACUUUUGUUAUUUGAAAUAUACCCGUCAUGACUGUCAGGUUACCUUUAGGAUGUUACACAGGAAAAUGUUCUAUUUCCACUUGAAAAUCUUAUUGUGUAGAUCAGCAUCAUAGUGAGUGCUAUUUCAUGACAUUUGACAGACAUGUUCUUCACAUAAAAAAACAUGAGGUCUUAACCAGUUUUUAAAUGACUGAGAAACUCUAUAUGUAUACCAAUGUGUUGAAGGUGCUGCCGAGGUUGAGCCUCCUCAGUUAAAUUGUGUGGGACACUUGCACUCACUCGUAUGUCAUGGCAAUUCUGUAUUAAUUGUUAAAUUUAACUAGACACACUCAGGAAUGAUUGCUGACAGACCUAUAAAAUCUAAACAUUACUUAACCCAUAACUGUACCGUUUUUUUUUGUUUUUGUGUGGUUUUUUUUUUUCACUCCCUGCCUUUCUGGGGCCAUAAUUUUUUUUAUUUUUCCGUUCACUUAGCUGUAUUAGGCUACAUGCACACAACCGUAUGU